AUGUUCGGCAGUAUCAGCAGCAGUUCCUUGAUGAACCUGCGCAUCUUCUCGCUCGGGCGCCUGCAGACACGUGAAUGCGCCGUGGAAGCACAAGCCCUAAAUGGACCACGAAAGCCGAUCAGCGCUCACCUGGAGGUUGUUAGGUAUAGCUUCGGCUCCGUGUCCCCGCGGAAGUGGGCCGCAAACUCGUCGAUACGCUCCUCCGCAGCGACCUCCGCGUCGUCCGGGCGCACCAUGGUCUCGUCGAAGCGGCGCAUCGACUCUAUGGUGUCCGGGACCUGCUUCUCCGAGGGGUCGCGGUUGCGCACGCGCUUCUUGCGCGGUGCGCGCUCCGGAGCGUCGACUAUUUUGAGGGCGCGCCGCUCACGCUUCUUCUGCGCCUUGUAG